AUGGCUAGGAGUGGCUAUGAGCUCGCCAGCACUUUGUCGCCAGUUGCGCCCAAGCAUGACAGUGGUCGUCUUUAUGCUCUCCACAGAGAAUCAAAUGCUUUCAGCAUCCAGGCAGACAUCCGACGUGCUCUCUCGCAUAACCCAGCAGUUCAACUAGAGAGAGACGAAGUCAAUGCCUGGGCCGACGUUUUUGUUGCAUACUGGAAAGCUGUUGGCGAAAUUCUUAUUGCCGAGGAAUCGCUCAAUCAGGGAAAGAAUGCCUCCAAACCUCAGAGUAAGGUCGCAAAUUGGGACAAGGUCUAUGCCGCCUGGAAGGAUGUUCUCAAUGCAUUGUUGAGAGGUUAUCAGAUUGAGGUUUUCGAUGCUUGGACCAUUCCCUGCCUCUACAUCGUGGGCAAGUAUCUACGUGUCUUCGCCAUCAAAGCCGACGAUGCUGCAUCUCAAAAGGGCCAGACCACAUUCAAUGCUUUCGAAGAAGAUGUUGGUGACGCAACAGGAGGAAACGAGAAGUUGGAGGACGCUGCACGUCAGAUCAACAGAGUCUUCAGUCUUUGCAUCGGCGAUAGAUCUCCUAUCGACACUUCUCGCAAAUGGGGUGCCUACUACAUUGCUAACUUGCAAUUCAAGACUUACUUCAAGCUCAAUUCGAUCGCUCUCUCGCAAAACGUCAUUCGAUCGCUCUCAGCCACGAAUACCGACUUGCCACCACUUGAUCGUUUCCCUCGUUCUCAACAAGUCACAUACAAUUACUACCUCGGCGUUCUCAAGUUCUUGCAUGAGGAUUAUGCAAAAGCUGAGGAGUACCUAACCAUUGCCUACAACAAAGCUUUAACAGGAUCUAGCCGGAACAUCAGAUUGAUUUUGACGUAUCUCAUUCCGACCAGACUCAUCACCGCUCAUGUUCUACCUACCCAAGCGAUGUUGGCACCUUAUCCCGGUCUGCAACGACUAUUUGCUCCUCUUUGUGCUUGCAUCAAGAAGGGUGACCUCACGGGAUUCGAUGCUGCCCUUCAAGCCGGAGAGGACGAGUUUGUUAAGCGAAGGGUGUACCUCACUCUUGAGCGUGGUCGUGACAUUUGUCUCCGCAAUCUUGUUCGAAAGGUCUAUCUCGUUGGCGAACUUGAGGCACCCAAAGAGGGUGAGAUGGGCGUAGAACUGACGCGAAGAAGUCGAAUUCCGCUGCGAGAGUUCGCUGCUGCUUUGAAACUUGGCGGCGAGACCGAACUCGAGGGUGACGAAGUCGAAUGCCUACUUGCCAAUCUAAUCUACAAAGGCAUGAUGAAGGGGUACAUCUCUCGGACGCAUGGCAUGGUUGUCCUGAACAAGAAGGGGGCAUUCCCCGGUACUGGCGUUUGA